AUGCUCUUCCAACAGAGCAAGCACAGCAUAUUUACUUUAAAGAAUCCACUCACAGUACUGAAGAAUGUCAUCACUGCUCCUGUUGCUUCUUGCACAGCUGCACCUCCAGGGCAGAGUGACUCAAGAGUUGUGAACGGAACAGAAGCGGGAGAUAACGAGUUUCCUUUCAUGGCUCAAUAUGUUCGUUAUGGUGUACCCGAAUGCAGCGCUACAAUCAUCAACGAAUACUGGGUCAUGACUGCUGGUCACUGUGUGGAUGGGAAGGAGAUCCGCGUGUCCGAUGUUCGAGCCGGUACCAACAGUGUGAGAAAUGAUAGUGGUGUACUCAUCCACGUCAGCGAAUUCGUCUUCCACGAUAAUUACCAUUACGACUACAUAAACGAUGUAGCUCUGAUUAAGCUGGUGCAGCCUCUCACCUUCGGACCCACAGUACAGCCCGUCCCUCUACCGGAACAGGGUAGACUGCUGGCGGGACCAUAGCUACUGUGGUCGGAUGGGGAGCUACAGAG